UUGGCUGCUUCUUGGUUCCGCGUGAUUUGAAUCCGCCUAGUACUAGUUUAAGAAUGCUCGAGUGUCCCAAGCCUCAAACACUCACUGGCAAUCGUCUCGCUAGCUUCACUUUUAAGCUGCAGCUAGCUAUCUUAGUAUAUCAGUUCCAACUGCAAACGCGAACUUAACCAGCUCGAGUAUCUUCCGCGCGACCCUCCGGAGAUGGCACAGAUGGUUGAAUUGACGAGCCGUUGCCUUGCUUUGGCGGAAGGAGUGGUAACUAUGGUGUGCCCGGUGCUCCUGGCGCUGGCUACCAAGAAGAUCAACUGGAAAGGCAAGGUGGAAGAGCCAGUUGUUCCAAUGGCUAUGCUCCUCAUUGCCAGUGUGACUCUCAUUACCGGGAUCUACCCGUUGCUUGCAUGUUGUGUCUCAAAGUUUUCCCCGAAUAUGCCUAAAAGAUGCACCCAUGUGACCAGCAGUGUGGCUGCACACUUGUCCACUAUUUGCCUCAUCCUACUCGCCUGCUUUAUCUCGGGCAUAAUCUUACCUCUGAAAUAUGUGGUCGCCAUCGGCGGGGCCGUCAUUCUAGUUGCCAUCGGGGUUCUCUUACUCCUGCGCUCCUGUGCCAAUGCAUCGCAGCCGAACACGAUUACUCCAAGUCCCAAGGGGGAAGCAGAGGAAAUAAACAAAGAGCUGGGCACCAAGGAAGCAGAGAGAAUAAAGGAGGCAGAUGAGAGAAUAGAAAAGGAGGCAGAUGAGAGAAGAAAGGAGAUCCACGAUAUACUGGACAAGACACACGAGUUCAUGUCCGGUGUCACCGGAAUUCUGUUCCUGGGCUUGGAAGGUUUGGCACUGGAAGGUCUCAUCAGCACAUGCCAUGGGAUACCCGAUGCUGUCCGGACACCAGUCAUGUUCAGCUUCAUCUUCUGCGCCAUCGGUGUGUCCCUAAUGUUCCUCACCAUGAUCUAUCCUCUUACGGUCACAACACAAAAGGCAAGCAUUGUACGUAUGACCUUCGGCUUUGACCUUCUCAUGACCGGUGGUACCGUUGCAAUACUGACCAUCAUUAUGGAGAAACUCAUGGGACAUAAAGGGCUUCUGCUCUUAAGCUCCCCAACCCUAAUCUUAUUUGUCGUGGUGUACCGACUCGUGACCAAACCGAGAGUCGCACUGGGUACACAACAAUCACAAACGACUCUCCCAAUCUCCAACGGACCCACGCCUUCUUCUCUGGGAUCCCCCCUCCUCCCCACCGGCGACAAGCAACAAGAGGCUAAAGCGGCGCCGCUUGGACUGACCAAGGUUACGUUUGCCGGGUUCUGGGCCAUGUCGGUGACAACCAUCAGCACUGGUUCCCCCAACCACUGGUUCCUGAUAUUUGCAGCGACAGCUAUUGCUUCUGGUCUCUUUUGGAGGCUCCUCACGCACAGCAGAAAUAAGGACAUGGUGGAAACUGCCAAUGCUGCUUCCUUCUUCACUCAUUUAUGCAUUGCAGUUGCUACGGUCCCAUUCACGGUAAUGGCAUGGGAGGCCGCCAAUAAAUUGCAAGUGAACACGUGUUCAAGCCGGCAGUGAACGAGAUUCAAGUGUCACCCUCCUACUGUAUGUCACACAAAUUUACGUUUAGCAUAUGUGGUGUGAAUGCCGGAGUAUCGUAUUGUAUAUCAGGUGUUUAUGGAUAAUAAAUAAAAAGAGAAGAUUCCAGAAAAUUUACGUUUUCACUCAACAAAAAGUUACAGGUAGACUCAUCUUCUGUAAUAUCUCUACUCCUAAUGUCUCAGUUGAUAGUCUCCGUUUCACGGUUAAUUUUCGUCCUCCUCCACUGGUUUAUUUCGUCCUCACUCAGACUACGAAAAGAAACCAACGAAAAAAAAAUCGAGGCCCCUCGCACGAACCGGGAGCGAGGCCUCCUCGUGAAAAAAAAUAUCUGAGAUCCAGGCUGCCCUCGAUCGUCUCACUACGAGGAAGAGAACCACGCCCCAGCCGCCAUAGUGGAGCCGCCGCCGCCUAGAUCGAAGAGGAGCCGCCGCCGCCGAGGUUCGAGAGGAGCUGGCCACCACGACCUCCCUCCCCAACCGACCGCCACCACCCCUUCCCCAAGCAGCCAUGUACAGCAGGGCGGCGCCCACGCGCCUGGCCUAGAGAGGUUGCACGACUUCAGUUUGGCUAUCAUCAAAAUUGGAGGAGAGCCCGAUGCAUUCGAGAGCAUCAUCUGCGAGUUCCACAGGAUCGAAUUGAGGAGGCAUUAUAACCUGACAUCAUUUGGAUGACUUUGUCAGUAGGAAGAAUGGCUAACAUGCCUGUUAAAGCUAGAUAAACGCAUAUUGAAGGAACUGGGGUAUGUUCGCCAUGUUGAACACCCUCACAAUGACGGGUUUUGUGAACUCCUUUUGCGGAGGGAGCUUAAGUGCAAUUUCGUUUCAGGGAGAGCAGGUGCAUAUUUCUCCUUUUAGGCUGAUACUUCAGUACUCGUCAAUAUUUCUCCUUUUUAAAGCUAUGCUACAAAUGCUUAAGUACAACUUCAGGUUUCAGUUACAGUUAAUGCACAUUGGCCAUGUUCUUAACUUUUGAUCCAUGGAGACAUCGCAUGUUUUGUACUAUGCUUUGUUGUACUGAGAAGCUGCAAAGCCCAAGCCGCAUGUUCAUAUAGGAGGGCAUCUGGGAAGAGAUGGGGUGAAUGAUCUAAAUAAUUUUUGAGACACGGUAAUUCUAAAUCUCUCCCUCAGCCAUUUGCGAUCUGGCACCCCCCGUACACAGAUAAGUACACGGUGCUUACCAUAAUUUACUUUUGCCUUUAUAGUAGUAGUCCUAAAUGUUUAGUGUUGAGUGUCUCAUUUCCAGCAUAUUAGUAGAAGAGCAUGCGAGUUUGGAGAGUUAUAUUUGUUGAUGGGAUUCAUUGUGCUGGUUAAAGUCAUAAUAUAUCAGCAGGUAUGACAUGGGAUUCGUUGUUCUCGUUAGAUGAGAUAUAUCAUCUGGUAAAUCAUUGGAUACAUUUCAACGUAUUGGAUUAUUUUGUUCUGAAUUCUUUAGUCAGGUACCUUCGUUCUCUUAACACAACUUCAGCAACAUGUUUUAUAUAUUUACAGCUUCCAAUUUAAUCUCAAUACUUGCUUGCAUGGUGUAAGAAUGUAGAAAUAUGUUUUAUUUUGGCUCCUGGUUGUAGUCUACAACUGGGUGUUCCAACAAUUUAUUUUUGGCAUGGUCUUCUUUGCUACCAUUUCAUGUGUGAUCCUCAUUAUUUGUUGCUUGAUUCUCUAUGCAAGAAUCCUGCCUCAUGGUCCAACAUAUAUGGUCACAUAUUUGCUCCAGGGAUUUAAUUUUAGUCAGAGCCGAUCGACAAAUGAUCAGUCAAUCUCUGCUCCUAAAGGGGGUUGUACGUCGUACGCCCCCUCCACCGCACCACCAAUCGAAGGAAGGCAUCAACCCCACCGAUUUUUUUCCUAUAAGAAAGCCCACCUUCUCCAAUAUCUGGUUUUUUAUUAGCGAUUUUUCCUGCCAUACAAGGCCAGAACGCAUAAUGUAAGGACGCCAGUUUUCUGCAUGCUAUCCCACCAAAUCAAUUUCUUCCUCCCAAUUUCUUGCGCCCAUACGCUCGAUCCAUAAUUCCGGCGUUGCCGUCGGGUGGACAACAACAUAACGAUGACGCAGUUGAGUAGGAGUUGGAGCACCACCGCGGCGUGGCUACAGCCUCAUCUAUGCCAAGAUGAGCAUGAACAACCUGCCAUGUUUUAUGGUUUCCUCUGGCACUGAUGGACGAUGUUGAUCUCGUCCCCUCCAGUGAGGAGUGCUCACCUCCUCGCUACGUGGUCCAGACUCCAGAGGCCCGCUGAGUAUGGAGGCGGCGGACCUCCCGGCGAUGAUGACCGCCAUCCUUGUCUCUCUUGGUGGAGGCCUCACAGCCAUCGACAUCGUGCAGCUCUCCCACACCAACGCAAUUUAGAUUUAGUGUAAUUGGUGAGGUACACGAUGCGCCAUGUGUACUACUUCAGUUGGAGUAACAAAGAAAAGCAACACACGUGCAUCAUGUAUUCAUGUUGGCCAUGUCGAUUAGUUCCAAGGACGAAGCAAAGCUGGCUCGACAUGCUUGCUGAUUGAUCCGCUGCUGGGGUGCUUUGGCUGAAGCUAUCACAUGUACAAAAGCUAGCUAACAGGCUAUCACACAGGAUAGAUCAAUCUACUAUAGCUAGCAACACAUGCAUACACACGAACACGAUCAGGCCAGGUCACCAAAGGCUCGAGCCUUUGAUUUCUUUAUUGAUUCAACUCACGGGGCCUCGGUUGAUUACAGAUUUACCUGGGCCAUGUAUAUAAGUAGGAUGAGGAUUCUACUCCUAAACUACUCUGACACUACAUUGUGCUUAGUCCAGACACAUCCAUUGCACUUGAAGCCGGCUGCUCUUCCUCCAUGUGCAGGCGCCACAUUGUAUUCUCUCCACUCAUAGGUUAUGAUGGAUAGCAGUUCAUGCAGAUACGUGGUCUCCCGAUCCUCUUACUUGGAAGUGGAUGAUCCACGAUUUUAUCUUUUUAAGUUUUUGUUCAACACAUGCAUGUCAUCCCCGAAUGUUUUGCAAUACAUAAAUUCAGUAUUGUUGUAAACAUUUGAACAGUACAGCCAGGUCUGUUGAAUACUACCGUCUAUACACUUAGAUAAUUGUGUAUGUAUUUUUCUUUAAAGCAGUGCUAAUUGUUGGUGGUGAAUAUUUUCCAGCAGUUCGAAUUAUGGGAAAGUCAAAAAUAUAAUUUUGCCUGGCAUCUUGUACUGUUCCAAAUGGGACUGAUGUAUAUUGAGGACUGAGGUUGGUCAGGUAAGUAGAUAAUAUGUGCCAAAUUACAUAUACUAUGAUUGGUACUUUCUUGACGUAUAUUAUAUUGUAUUAAUAAGCUUUUAAUAAAUGUAGAUUCCCAAUUUAUAUUAAUACAGCGUAUACAAGAUUACUUGUGCUUACCAUCUUGUACGGAACAUAAUAUACAACCGCCCGUGGCGGGGCGUGUGGCCAGUGCUUGCGACAACUACGGAUGGAGUACAGGACCUGUGGUGCCAUCUACACGAUCAACAUCACCUUCUUGGUUCGGCUACCCAUGAUUGUCGUUGUCGCGUGAUGAGUCAUCAAGGUCCAUGUUGUUUCCUCUGACGCCGGCUUCACGCUUUCCUCGUUUGCUCUUCAUAUUAUGAACCAGAAAUUAAGUUUGCCCAUUUCUGAAUUCCUAAUGUUAUCAAUGUUCAAAAAAGCGGUAAGCGUAAGCGGAGCGGAAGGCCACAACUUAGAGCAAUGGCCGCUUAAGCGCAGCUUAACCGGGAUUAAGCGUUUUUUUUAAUUUGCCAGAAUUUGGCUGUUUUUGAAUAAUAUGCACAAGAAAAUAGGAAACAUAGCAAUGUACUUCCUUUGUUCCUAAAUAUUUGUCUUUUUAGACAUUUCAAAUGGACUACAACAUACGGAUGUAUGUAAACAUAUUUUAGAGUGUAGAUUCACUCAUUUUACUCUGUAUGUAGUCACUUGUUGGAAUGUCUAAAAUGACAAAUAUUUAGGAACGGAGGGAGUAUAACAUAUCUUACAUGUAUAAUUUCAGUUAAAUUUGUGCGAUUGCUCAUCCCAUCACACGCGUUUACUCCAAGCUUAUUGUGUUACAUGAGUUCCACUAUCGCACAUGGUCUUGUCUAUGGUGUGCAAUAGACUGCCCUACAACACAUCAUCGCACACUGAUGGUUUCCUGCUGUGUGUGUGAUGGGGUAUUUGAACUGUCUGUGAUGACCCGAUAUGCACUAGUGGGCCGGUCUGGCUGGUAAUUCCCAGCCUCUACUGUAAAGGAACCUUGGAUGGCCAGCUAGCAGUGCUUGCAUGUGCGUGUAUAGAAAGAGAGGUGCCAUCCGUCUCAUGAUGUACUAGAUAAUACCCCGCGCGUUGCUGCGGGAACACAUGCUAAAUAUUAAGAUCCUUACUUGAGUUAUCGGUUGGAGAACAAUAGAUUAACAUUGAAAGUCCAUUAGAUUAUGACUAACAAACAACCUUGCUUCUAAACAUGCAUGAUUGAUAUAAAUACAGAUAAGCUUCACCAACUUUAAAAGGAAUUGUUUGUCAUAGGAAUAUGAAGAAUUACUGAACCACAAAGUUAUGCUGAAAAAAUAUGUUUCCUGUGAACAACCCAAUAUCACAAUGUAACUACAAUAAAGUCAAUAACAAAGUUAUCAUAAUUUGUGAUUGUUACAUCUUAUCUAAGUAUGUAACACACAUACUUACUGUCAGUAGUGAUACUAACAUACCAAAAGGAUUUUUUAAUACAUAUAUAGUAGUAAAGGCAUUCCAUAUAAGGUGGUUGAAAUCUUGACGAUACUAUUUUGUCUACAGAUGCUAUUUAUUAAAUCAUGCUUUUAUUUUUUGAGAACAUAUUUCUUUGAUCGUUUCAAGAUCUUGAAUGGAGUGGAGCUGACCAAUUCUUCAAUAACUUUUUCGCUGAUUUCUUUUGUCAUGUUAAGAUAUUCAACAGAGUGUAGCUGAUCAAUUCUUCAAUGAUUUUAUCUUUCAUAAAACAGAUGUUAUCAUCAUAAAGAUAAGUGAAAGGUUAUGCAGUUGACCAUGGCAAUAUAUCUCAACAAAAAUAAGUAAUAAUUACCUUAAACCCCAGAAAUCAAAUUACAGCUUACAAAGGAUUUAAGCAGAAGAAUGGACAUCCACUGAAAAACAUGAAGAAACAAAGGUUAUGAAACAUGAGAUUCUCUAUAAAAAACAUGAGAUAAUAUUUGUGUUGAAAAACUACAAUUUUCUUUGUUUCCCAGCUGUAAAUUCCACCCUCCAAGUCCUACUCCUUAUAUGCGUUGGCAUUGCUCCUGCCAUUUCCAUGUGCAUCACAAAUAGCAAGCACAACCAUUAAUAUAUGCUUUCCUAACCUGUAAUCGAAUUCUGAUGAAAUAGACCGUCAUGUAAAUCUAAAUCACCUUCAAACAUAUAGUCAAGGGUGCUAUAAAUGAAAAUUAGGGAUGCUACUUCCAAUAUUACAUUGGUUUCCUUGUCUUCCUGUCAGCAUCUACAAAGGUUAGACGUCAACUGUAAAACAAUAAAGCAAAAGCCUGAGUUUGGCAUUGAGGGAAGUGUAGCGUACGCGAUACUUGAAGGCCGCAGCUUGUUCUUUGGACUGUGUUGAGAUUUGAUAUACACAUGUAUGGAGAGUUGUCUGCACAUUAGAAUACAACAAAAACAAUAUGGAGAUGAAAGAGAUUAAUUUAGCACGUCAUAACUCAUGUUAUGACACGAAAAUUGCAACAUAUAUGGAACCCAAGUCAGGGCAUCAAAAUCAAUUAGAACCUAGAACUUAAAGAUUAGGAUGUGUCUCACCUGGCAUACUGAAGACUUCAAAAGGAUGGUGUGGCUGGUCGUGGAGAACAUCCUAAUGGAUAACCAUAUCCAUCAGGGCUAGCUAGCUGCAGCUAAAACUCCCAAGUCCCAACCAUGUCAAGUUAUACACAACUGCAUGGAUGCAAGAGAGGACGACCUGGAUCUAGAGGGAGGUGCUAGAAGAUCAGAGGAGGUGUUAGAAAAUCAAUCGAAGAGGGAUAAUAUUUGGGUCGUGGGUGGUGCCCGUGUGGAAGAAUGUGAAUGGACAGGAAUGGAGAGAUCAAAAGAUAAUUUUAAUUGCCUCUUGGUGGUGAAAGGAGUAGAAGUCUCAAGAGUAAAUGGGAAGUGAUGCUACCGGAGGAAUGAGAAAAAAAUGUACCGAUGCCACCCUCUAAUUGGGUGACAUAUCAUUAGUGUGAUAUUAUUUUAUAAGCAUAGAUUAAAAUAGCCCGCGAAAUAGCCGCGAUAGCUGUGCUAUAGCUGCCUGGGAGCCUCGCCGCUAAGCUAUGGCUGUUGCCGCGAAAACCUCAACAUAUCCCUCUAAAUGGCUAAAAAAUCAGCAAAACCCUCCAGAAAUCAUCUCUCCCACCAGAAAAUUUUCCGCCAUUUGCCGCUAUUGCCCGCUAUAGCUGCUGGGGGAGGCCGUCGCGAAAUCAUUUCUCCCGUGAUUUUAAUCCAUGUUUAUAAGUAACACUCGAAGCAAAAGAAAUCAAAUAUAGCAGAACAGAAUACAUGACUUAUACUUGACAGACAACGUCCCAGUAGUCUGAAAUUUCCUAGUUGUAGAAGCUCAGCUUGCCGAAAAAACAUUCCGUCACCAGAGGAGAAAGUUGCAGCCGGAGGGAGACAAAAUUGUCUGUAACUGCUGGUGCUGGAUUCAGUCCACGCCAUGGCUGAGGCCUCACCGGGUAGCACUCGAGUGUACGGUCAUCGGGAUCCUUGCUCAAACCGUGAAAUCACCAUAAAAAUGCACGAGGAUUUAGCUAGAUUGCAAGUAAGGCUAGUACAAAGUGUGCACGCAUACAUUAGAGGUGAACUUGUGAUUCAGUCUCAGCAAGCUAAAAACUACUCAAGAACAAUGGGAUCACAUGACCUCCACAUCGAGAAGCUUAGUCAGAAGCAGUGAAGUAAAUGGGCGGUGCUCACCUGAAAAGCUAUGUGGCAAACCAGAAUUUGGAGUCUUGGGGAAGAUGUAGAUAGAACCGGAUGGACCAACAACUUAGCGGGUGACCAAACGGCGGAUGGCCUGCGUUCCAACCGCACCUUGCAGCAGAGGAAGGGGGGUGUGCCCAGCCCGGUGGUGCUGCUCCUCGACGACCUGGGGUAGCAGCAACGGAACCAUGCUCGGUCCGCGUCCUAGCGCCCAGGAGACGCCGUACCGGCCACCGCCGGUCGGCCGAAACAGACGGCAAAUAGCGGUAGGGCGCAGUGGUGGACGGGCGGCGCGAGCAAGCGAGGGGGCGGCCACGUCGCGGUGAGCAGCGGAGGAUGGGCGGCGCUCCAGCAGUGACAGGCUGGGUUGGAUCGAUUGGGGUUCUUUGUUCAGGGAAAGGUUGUUUAGCUUGCUGAGACGAUCAGGCUUCUUUGCUGGGCUUCGGUGCAUCAUUUAACGCUGAUUAUCUUGUGGUGGGUGCGUUCUGUAGCUGUAACUGAAUUGAAGAUGAAACGAUGGUCUCUUCGGUGACCAGGGAAUGACUACAUGCAAAUUAUAAUUUAAUCACAUGAUUUGUUGUCAACCUAU